GAUUCGUUGGCGCGCGCAUUGCCCACGUCGGCAGCUCAGGCUCUCGUUGCCUUGCGUCUGUCUGUGCCUUGCCUGUGCCUUGCCUGUGCCUUAGCCGCCCGUCUGCUGCCCCUCUCGCUCUUCGGCAAGCUCUGGCCUGACCUUGGGCCUCACCUGUAUUCUGACCUACAUACAUACCUACUUACCUUACCUUCUAUCUACUUCUACCCUUUGUUACACUCCCUCUCACCUACAUAAACCCGCCAAGGGACCGCCGCCAUCAUGCCCAUAGCGCAUCAUGUCGUCCUGGCCUCGGGCGCCGUUGUUGCCGUGUCCGUCGCAGUGGCCACCUUCAUCGCCAUCUACGAGUCUCCCGAGCUGCGCCAGUACGCAGACGACGUGAGACGACGCAUUGCCAUGGCCUUUUACUCCAUCGGUGACGGCAUCACGCCGCCCGCCAGGGAGCCCCGCUUCAACAGGCCCGAGGACGCCGACGGCUUCUUCGAGUCCCGCCGCGGCCUCGGUGCCGAGCCCGGCGUUGACGCUGACGACGAGACCCGUCGCCGGCAGAGAGAGGAGCUGCUCUACUGGAACUCGGUGCGGCUGCAGAAGGAGCAGGAAAAGGAGCAGCAGCAGCACUCGUCCGAAAAAGAAGAAGCGCCGCCUCGACCUGACAAACUGCCUCGUCGCGGGUCAACAUUUGACGACUUCCUGCGGCCCGACGGCACCGCUGAGCAGGGCGCAUACGUCUUCAACUCUGGUGCUGACGCUAGGGACUUUGGCGGCCUUCGUCGUCGCGGAGAGGGCGCCCGAGGCUUCAUGUCGCCCGCCUACAGCAACCCCUUUGCCGACGAGCAUCACCUCGACGCCGAUGACAUCCAGGACGCCCACAUCGCCCACCAGCUCGGCCCGGAGCCCAGCGAAAUGUCCGACAUUUACAGCGCAACCACGCGUGAUGACCAUGACGAGCGAAGCGCCACUCUCGAGGCCCUCUCGCCCUCGCCGAUGGUCAAUGUCACACCGCUGGCCGCCGGUUCGCAGUCGCCGCCCCCGACCCUCGAGCGAGAGCUCGCCGAGGACGAGUACAUGUCCGCCGGCCAAUCCGACCGCCAUGACGUCCAUGCCACCAUCCAGGCCUGGGCCCAGGACUCGAGCCGUGACUUUUACUCCCCCCUCCCCGUGACUCCCGUAGCGCCCAUGUCCGAGCCCGACGUCAUUUCAGAGGGCGAGCUCACCCCCACCGACUCCAUGUCGCUCGCUGGGUCUGGCGAGGACAUUGCCAAUGAUGCGCACAUGUCCGAGCGUGACAGCAACGGACGGUACAUGGACGUCAUGAGCGAGAGCGAGGGCAUGCUGACGCCGGCGAGCUGGUCCGAGGUGGGCAGCGUCAUCAGCGACAACGAGGGCCCGAUGCACGCAUGAGUGAAAACACGUGAAAUAGCCUAUGCAUAUUGGGGAUGUUCUCAUGCGCGGCGAGACUACACCAAGGUGCCAUUUUCCUUAUUGCUUUCGUUUCCGUUGUUUUAUGAAUUCAGGGGGGACUUUAAUGGAGUGGCGUUGGGAUCUGGCGUUUUCGGGUUCAUACACAAGUCAAGACAUGACAUACCUACUGCAGGCAGCCAGUCCUCCCAUCGUUUAUAGGCGUGCGUUACUCUGUAUACGGAGCAUUCCGUUUCUUUCUACUGCUUUGGAUAUCAUCAAGGGCCACAAUGGCGGUUGCGACAUUGCUGUUGCCUACUACAUGCACUUACAUCGUCUGCACGCUGUU